CCACCCCUUCUCCUGCAGACAUCCGGCUCCGGGUUCGAGCAGAGUACUGCGAGCAUGGGCCAGCCUUGGAGCAGGGCGUAGCGUCCCGGAGACCUCAGGCAUUGGCCCGACAGCUGGAUGUGUUCGGACAAGCCACUGCAGUGCUGCGGUCAAGGGACCUGGGCUCUGUCGUUUGUGACAUCAAAUUCUCAGAACUCUCUUACCUGGAUGCCUUCUGGGGUGAUUAUCUGAGUGGUGCCCUGCUUCAGGCCCUUCGGGGUGUCUUUCUGACUGAGGCCCUGCGGGAGGCCGUGGGCCGGGAAGCUGUCCGCUUGCUGGUCAGUGUGGACGAGGCUGACUACGAGGCUGGUCGGCGCCGCCUGUUGCUGAUGGAGGAGGAAGGGGGACGGCGUGGGACAGAGGCCUCCUGAUCCUGGAGCUGGCAGGACUGACCCCACCUCCAAGUCUUGGGGCAACCUUCUUCCCUGGAAGAUGACUAUGUUGCCCCCAGAUGACCAUUACUUUAGCAACUCUGAGGACUGCGUCAGGUCUGCAAGUUCCUUGACUGCCUCUCUUAUAGGAUGUGGGCUUUGAGGCAUAAACCACUUCCAGCUGCUUCCUUCCCAGUUUUCCCCCACUCCAAGUGGAUUCUCUCAACUUUGGGUGCCAGGUUUGCUGAGCCCUAAAGCAGGGAGGUGUAGCCACAGUCACCAAAGCCUCCUGCACAUCGUGUCUCUCAGCUUGGGCUGAUGUUGGUUGGCUCCACACACUUUAGCCUAAGGGCUUCUCUCUCAGGAUCUCGGAUUUUAUUGUCCCCAUCAGGACUUCAGCCACAGCAGUGGGCUCAGGAGCUGGGGUGCCCAUGGGGCUUGCUCACCUUGCCCCUUCACUCAUGUAACCAGCCAGGGCUCUGUGUGGUGUACACACAGACAUCAUCCACCUCUCAUCCCUUUCCCCUGCUCCCUGGAGCUAGAGACAGCCUUGCCCUUGGACUCUUUGACCCAGAGUAUCACGUGGGUUUUGUGGCCACAGCCGUUCGAGGUCAGUGUUGUAUACAGAGCUCAGGCCAGAACUAGCCACUCUCUCAUGAAGGGAAGGCAAAGACUUGGGGCUGGUGGAAGAUGUUUUGCAAAUUGCGCCAAUAAAACUGCCCCGGAAAGGGCAUAGGUGGGCA